AUGCCCUCACAAAACACAACUCCAACCCAAAGAUCACAGCGCAACAAGCGCAGGCGUGAUGAGGACAACGACAAUCAAGUUCCCACCCCAACCAACUACCGCGACCUCCCCUCGAGCCCCCCUGCGGAACCACAAACCCCCAGUGCCUCCCAGUUGGGCUCGUCGCCGCCCCACUUUGAUUUUGACGAGGAUGAACAAGAGAUCGAGGACGAGGACGAAGAGAUGCGUGCUCGCGGCCGUCACCGCGAUCUGCCCGACAACGACGACGACGACGACGACGACGAGGAAGGCGAGAACCUGUUCGGCGAGGACAUGUACGAGGACUACACAGCAAACGACCGGCUCGACCGGUACUCGGACAUUGGCAUUGAUGACCACUCGUCAGUCGUCGGCGAGAUGACGAGGGCGCAGCGGCAGGCUGCAGAGCGCGAGAUGUCGCGCCGCGAUCGCGGCCUUCCUGGUGUCCGCCGUGCACGCACGCACAUGCCCGAGUUCCUGCAGUCCGAGGACGGCGACGACCUGUCGGGCGACGCGGGUUUACUCUCGGGCAUUACUCGACGCGCGCGCCGCCGCUACGACGAGCUGCCGGCCGAGUUGGCCGAUGAAGAGGAGAUCCCACUCGAGCACCUCGGCGACGUCAAGACGCGUACCGUGUCGGAGUGGGUCGCUAUCCCGCAGGUACGCCGCGCUGUUGCGACCCACUUCCGUACUUUCCUCACGACGUGCACGGACGACAACGGCGCGUCAGUCUACGGCCAGCGUAUUCGCACGCUCGGGGAGACCAACUCGGAGUCGCUCGAGGUCAACUUUAUCCAGCUCGCCGACUCGCGGCCAGUGCUGUCCUACUUCCUCGCCAACAGCCCGCAGGAAAUGCUUGCCAUCUUUGACGAGGUCGCCCUCGAGGCCGUUCUGAUGUACUUCCCCGGGUACAACAACAUCCACUCAGAGAUCCAUGUGCGCAUCAAUGACCUGCCGAGUAAGCUGUCGCUGCGCGACCUGCGGCAGGACAACCUCAACUGCCUCGUGCGCGUGUCCGGUGUCGUUACCCGCCGCACCGGCGUCUUCCCACAGCUCAAGUACGUCAAGUUUGACUGCCAGAAGUGCGGUGCGGUCCUCGGCCCGUUCUACCAGGACGUUCACAAGGAGCUCAAGCUAUCGUUCUGCUCCAACUGCAGUUCGCGCGGCCCGUUCAUGGUCAACUCGGAGCAGACCGUGUACCGCAACUUCCAGAAGCUCACGCUGCAAGAGAGCCCUGGGUCGGUGCCGGCGGGUCGUCUGCCGCGCCACCGUGAGGUCGUGCUCAUGUGGGACCUGAUCGAUGUCGCCAAGCCUGGUGAGGAGAUUGAGGUCACUGGCACGUACAGGAACAACUUUGACGCGGCACUCAACUCGAAGAACGGCUUCCCAGUGUUUGCGACGGUGCUCGAGGCCAACCACAUCACCAAGGCCGAGGACGCGUAUGCGUCGAUCAACAUCACUGCCGAGGAGGAGAAGACGAUCCGGUCGCUGAGCAAGGACGACCGCAUCGUCAAGCGUAUUAUAAAGUCGAUCGCGCCCAGUAUUUACGGGCACGACGAUAUCAAGACGGCGAUCGCACUCUCGCUCUUUGGCGGGUGCGCCAAGGACAUUAACCGCAAGCACCGCAUCCGUGGCGACAUCAAUGUCCUCCUGCUCGGUGACCCUGGUACGGCCAAGUCUCAGUUCCUCAAGUAUGUCGAGAAGACGGCGAACCGCGCCGUGUUCACUACGGGACAGGGCGCGAGUGCCGUCGGUCUCACGGCGUCGGUACGCAAGGAUCCGGUUACGCGCGAGUGGACUCUUGAGGGCGGGGCGCUCGUGCUCGCAGACAAGGGCCACUGCCUCAUCGACGAGUUUGACAAGAUGAACGACGCGGACCGCACGUCCAUCCACGAGGCGAUGGAGCAGCAGAGCAUCUCAAUCUCCAAGGCGGGUAUCGUCACGACGUUGCAGGCGCGCUGCGCCAUUGUCGCCGCAGCCAACCCCAUCGGUGGGCGGUACAACCCGACCAUUCCGUUCCAGCAGAACGUUGAGCUCACCGAGCCCAUCCUGUCGCGUUUCGACGUCCUCUGCGUCGUCAAGGACCCCGUGGACCCGGUACAGGACGAGAUGCUUGCGCAGUUUGUCGUGGGCUCGCACAUGCGCUCGCACCCAGCCUAUGAAGCCCAAGAAGAGAUGACCGUCAACACAGUCCUCGACGCUGACAUUAUCCCGCAGGACAUGCUGCGCAAGUACAUUAUGUACGCCAAGGACAAUGUGCGCCCCAAGCUCUACCAACUGGACCAGGACAAGCUUGCUCGGCUAUACGCAGACCUGCGCCGUGAAUCUCUCGCCACUGGCUCAUUUCCCAUCACAGUCCGCCACCUCGAGAGCAUGAUUCGCAUGUCGGAAGCCUCUGCCAAGAUGCACUUGCGCGAAUUCGUACGCUCCGACGACAUCGACUUGGCUAUUAGGGUGACAGUCGGCAGUUUUGUCAACGCCCAGAAGAUGAGUAUCAAGAAGAGCCUGGAGCGCGGAUUCCGGAAAUACGUGACGGCCUCUAGCGACGCCGACGAAUUGCUCAACUUCCUCCUCGGCCAACUUGUCAAGGAACGGGUACAGCUGCACUGGAACGUGCGUGGCGAGAUGCCGCCGUCUGUCGAGGUCAAGGUCGCGCAGCUCGAGACGCGCGCGCGCACCGUGGAUGUCUUUGAUGUUCGGCCUUAUUUGGGCUCGGCGCUGUUCCGCGCCAACGGGUAUGUUCUGCGAGGGGGGGUGGUCGAGAAGGUGUUCGUUGUUGGCGAUGAGUAG